CGCUUCCCCUGCACCUGGUUGACGCACCAUUCGUGAUGCUGUGGAGGGAUCUGAAGGCAUGGCAGGUCUAUGGUGCCAACACCGAUGUUGGCAAAACCAUUGUGUCGACCAUUUUGUGUAGAGCUUUACAGCGUCGAGCUCCACAGAACGGCCUGCUUUACCUGAAGCCAGUCUCGACCGGACCCCAGUCGGAUGCUGAUGACGGACACAUACGGAAAUUUGUCCCAGGUGCCCUCUCAAAAUGCAUCUCUCAAUUCUCCAGGCCAUUGAGUCCUCACCUCGCGGCUCAGCUAGACGGCAACCCAUCGAUCCCAACCUCCGAUCAGUCAAUCGUCAAUCAGGUCAAGGACCUGCUGAGUAAGCACAGUUUGUCUGGAGGAAGAUAUGUCCUUCUCGAGACUGCUGGAGGUGUCCUCUCACCUGGUCCUUCAGGCUCCAUGCAAGCAGAUGUCUAUCGGCCACUCAGACUUCCCACUUUACUAGUUGGAGACAGCAAACUUGGCGGCAUUUCCACCACCUUGUCUGCCUUUGAAUCCUUACACGUCAGAGGGUAUGAUCUCGAUUCGGUGAUUCUCUUUGAAGAUCCGCAAUGGGGCAACCACGAAUAUCUCCAGGAAAAGUUCUCCAAGCACGAUAUUCCUACAUAUGCAAUUCCCAAACCACCCGCCAGACAGGAUAACAUCCAAGACGAUGAAGCGGCUCUCUCCGAAUACUAUGACCAAGCCUCGACAUCUCCUAGCAUUACAUCUCUGAUCGAAGUCCUUCAGCAGAAACAUUUCUCUCGCGUGUCGAAAUUGACGUCACUCCCUACACAGGCCGAAGCAGUCGUCUGGCAUCCAUUCCGUCAACAUGGAAUCGCCUCCAACAUCAUCGCCAUUGACUCUGCCUAUGAUGAUCACUUCCUUGCAUACAACCAAGAGACCGACGCCGCACUGACACCACCACCUCAAAACCCCAUCGGCCUAACUCCUCUAGCCGCACAAGCACCCGCAAAACCGCUCCUAACUCCUCUCUUCGACGCAUCUGCAUCUUGGUGGACACAGGGUUUGGGACAUGGAAACCCAUCCGUGGCUCUGACAGCAGCUCAUGCCGCCGGUCGAUAUGGACACGUCAUGUUUGCACACGCUAUCCACGAACCCGCCCUCAAUAUCUCCUACAAUCUACUUUCCACCCUCAAGAACCCGCGCUUAUCACGCACUUUCUUCACCGACAACGGUAGUACGGGAAUGGAAGUCGCCGUCAAAAUGGCCCUACGUGCUUCCUGUGCCCGAUACGGCUGGCACAAGGACGACGGCAUAGGUUCAAUCGGUAUUCUUGGUCUACAGGGAAGUUACCACGGCGACACCAUCGGCGUUAUGAACUGUUCUGAACCAAGUGUCUUCAAUGAGAAAGUCGACUGGUACAAGCCUUGGGGUCAUUGGUUCGAACCACCGAAUCUCCUGAUGAAGGAUGGACAAUGGGAACUAUCCAUCCCGCAGAGCAUGACUGAAGAUGGGAUAUGUUCCAACCCACAAAUCUUCAAUUCAUUAGACAACGUCUUCGACUUUUCAGCUCGUCAAGAAGACGCGAAACGAUAUGAAUCCUUCAUUACAUCGACACUCGAAGAUCUAACACAGAAACAGGGUGCUCGAUUCGGUGCUUUGAUCCUUGAACCUCUAUUGAUGGGUGCGGGUGGUAUGAUUUUCGUUGAUCCUCUGUUCCAGAGAACACUGAUCACCACGGUCCGAGCACAUCCACACCUCCUCGGCGCCGAGCCAGCACCGUCGUCUAGUCAAGAGUCAUCACCAUCUCAAGACGAUCCACUAAACUGGAGCGGCGUACCCAUCAUCGCCGACGAAGUCUUCACCGGUCUAUACCGACUAGGCCGAGCCAGCUCGUCUUCAUUCCUCGCUUCUUCCAACGACUCAGUCAAUGCUAAUAGUACACCACCUAUUCCUCAUACUGUGGCGCCUGAUAUUUCAGUCCACGCCAAAUUACUCACUGCAGGUCUCCUGCCCUUGGCAAUCACCACGGCAAGUGAAUCCAUCUUCUCGACAUUCCUCUCCGAUUCCAAGACGGAUGCUCUCCUCCAUGGCCAUAGCUACACCGCCCAUCCGAUCGGGUGUAUGGUCGGUGACAAGGCUUUGAAUGAGUAUCGACGAUUAGACACCGAUGGGACCUGGGAAGGAUAUAAAUCAGCGUGGAACCAGGGUUCAUCACUUUCGUCGUUGUCAUCAGCUUCUUCUUCUUCUUCCUCUCAAUCACCAACAUUUUCAUUCUUCCCUCCUUCACUCCUGACGAGACUAUCGCAUCAUCCACGUCUCACCGGUUGUUUCGCUCUGGGCACUGUCCUGGUUCUGAAACUUGCCUCUGCGGGUUCUGGCUACAAUUCGACGGCGACUGCAGAUGUGCAAGCUCAACUCCUGACCUUGCUUGAUGAGCAAGGUUGUGGUGUCCACUCUCGUGUCUUGGGCGAUGUCAUUUAUUUCAUGACAAGUUUGACGACCUCUCCGGACCAGGUUGACAGGUUGGGACGAGUGAUUCUGAGGGCUUUGGAAACAUAGACGCAGUAUGGGACUGUGUUGACUAAGUGUACAUGAUAUAAACAGACUCAGAAACAAAAGGAGAAAAGUUAGUCAUCGAUGUCGAUACGUGUGGCAACUAUGCAAGCCAACCGAGUCUUUGGUGAAGCCUCAUCUACCUGACUUGAAUUGAUCAAGCUCGUUCGAUAGGGAUAGUCAUCUAUAGCACAGAUAGUUUUAGACGGAUUACAUCCGUGGUUUCUAAACACACUCUAGGUUGUGUGAUAGUGAUAAUUAACACUCAGUGUAUCGAUAUGAAGA